UUCCGAGUAAAACCGAACCCGCUCAUCUCUAAUUAAAAGUAUGCAAUGAAGUAGAUCUGGGUGGAUCGAAGAUAACUUGGUACUACUUUAUCACUGAAUGAGGAAUUGCUUCAGAGAAAGCUUGUGUCUCCAGCUGGAAGAAGAAUGUAUAUGAGAGGGAGUGAAACUACAAUAUUUAUUUGCCUUUUAGACUGCAGAUAGAACACUGGAGAAUACGUAAACUCCACGACCAGGAUCUACCAACGCUGUUACAUUUUGGAAGGUGUAAACAAACAUGGAACCUAGUCCUGCUAAACCGAAAGUCCCUGACUUCCUCUCCAACUUGGGAAAACCCACCUUACGAGGUGUUAGGAAAUGUCCACGCUGUGGUACUUACAAUGGAACUCGUGGCCUGAGCUGCAAAAACAAGAGCUGCGGUACCGUGUUCCGGUGUCGAAAUAAUAAACAGCCAAGCAAGGAUGCAGUGAAGGUGCUCACAGGAUCGGACAUGCAGAUCUUCUCAGUCAGACAAAGGGACAGAGGACCUGACCACAGAUGUCUGGUGGUACUGGGUAUUUCUGAGACCACCAUACAGACAGCUGAGGGGACAAUUAUCACUCAGAUUAGCUCCGGCCGCUGCUUUGCUCCAUCAUGUCUUAAAGCUGCAGCUCGAGGGGUAGUAGAGAACCAGUGCCAGCACAUAAAACUGGCCUUGAAUUGCCAAAUUGAGGCUGAGCCUCUGCCACUUAAAAGCUCCAUAUUAAAUGCUAUGCAGAUCCCAACAGAAAUCAAGCAGGAUAUCUGGUUGCUAGCUAGCGAGUGCAUGGGACCCCUCGUCCAGAGGGUAACUAAGUCUGUCUUGGUAGUGCGAUGCAAAACUAGCCAGCAGAACAGCCUGGGCUACCUUCAUGUGUACUUCACUCAGAAAUCAGGCCCGCAAAAAGGAACAAGCCACCUCUUCCUUUGUUCCUGCGAGUCCCACAAAGCAUCCAAAGGAGCAGCGCCAAAGACUGAAAGCGAGGAGCGAUGUUUGCAUUUCUACACCUGCAUGGGCGCUUUUGCUAGCGAUGACAGCCUUACUGAGGAAUUCACAGAAUAUUUUUAUGUCAUGUCUGAAGGUCUUAAAGAGAUAACGGUGUUAGAAACAGAUAGCAAGAUGGAUACGGUGGAAACAGUGGUACAGAUACAUGAAGAAUCCUCCCCAAUGCUGAAACCCAAGAAACUUAGAAAGGAUGAUUUGCAAGGAGCAAAUGCCAUGGUUCAAGAUACUGCGAUUAACUGUCUGAAGAAGAAUACACUGAAAAAAACUGGUAUUAACUCUGCUGCAAAGAAACCAGCGUGUAGUCAGCUGAUGGACGAGACUCAAGUGUCCCUUACCUUCAUGGACUGGCUGUCCAGUGUGACUGAAAGAAUCCACCAGACCAUGCAUUAUCAGUUUGAUGGUAAGCCGGAGCCUCUGGUGUUCCACAUUCCCCAGUCUUUCUUUGAUGCGCUGUCACAGAGGCUGUUUAUGGGUAAUGCACGCAUGCGGCUUCCCAACUGCACCACAGCUUUCGUGAGAAAAGAUGCCCUCCCCCUGGGGACCUUUUCCAAGUACACCUGGCACAUAACCAACAUUUUACAUGUCAAGCAGAUCUUUGACACGCUAGAGAUGCCGCUCGAAAUUACCAGAAGUUUUGUUCAGAACAGAGACGGAACAUUUGAUCUAUUCAAAUGUCCUAAGGUGGAGGUGGAAAACAUUGCAGAAACUUACGGACGGCUAGAAAAACAGCCCAUCCGGCCCCUGGAAUUAAAAACGUUUCUAAAAGUUGGUAACACCUCUCCAGAGCAGAAGGAGCCUACUCCCUUCACCAUUGAGUGGAUCCCAGACAUUCUACCACUCUCCAAAAUCGGCGAGCUGCGCAUUAAAUUUGAAUAUGGACAUCAUCGUAAUGGACCCUUGCCAGAUUUCCAGGAGCCCUCUCCCCACACUUUGGAACACACCCUAGAGAUCACCCCUCUCACCACUAUUACAUUUGACUGAUUCUGUACAAUCACAUUUACCAAGAUGACAAUGCUGCAGCCUGAUUAACACAAUCUGAUGGGCAAGAGCCGCCAUAUUGUUUUAGUCAUUCAGCUGCCAAAGGAGGUUUAUCCUAUACAGUGACUGCUGGGCCGUAACAUUUCUUGUGCAGUAAUACGCAGUUCUUUUUCUUAUCCGCUGCUAUGAUAUACAGUUUUGUGUGCGCGUGUGCUUGUCUUCACGUUUUGUUUUGUUUUAAUAAUUUAAGAUUGCUAGUUUAAUUAUGUGACCGAUGCUUUGAAAUGUUGUCAGUACAAGCACCUAUGACUUUCAGAAGCAAUGUUUUAAAUGAACCAUACGUCCUCUUGGCCAAUGGAUGUGUUCCACUCACAACGGGCCCUCUCUACAGCGUCCUCUCACUGGCUUGGCGAUCUCUAGGGGUAAAAGACUUGGGAGCUCGUUCCAGUUGUUAAGUGCUGAUGAGUCCUCAUAUCUUCUCAUUUAAUGUGAGAGAAGAACAUUACAGAAGUCAGAAGUAUUUCCUCUACCGGAAAGAUUUUGUAUAUUUGCAGUCUGUACAUUUUAUCUGUCUCCUCAAACCCCUUUUUAGACAAGUGUCUGUAUUUAACAUAGUGAGAGAAAUUGUAGUUUAUUAUUCUGAUGGAAUGACUGUAAUUGUUAGCUUGGAAAGAAGAGUGUAUAAUAACUGUGAUAGCUGAACGUGAACAUCCUAACCAUAUAAACUUAGACAUACUAUACUCUCCACAA